GGUUGUUAGAGUGCCAAUUUUUUUCAAUCAAAGGCUAGAAAUGGAAGAGGAUAAUCUCACGGUUGUGCUGUACCUUAAUGGCCUGCGAUUGGAACAACGGCCGAUUCCUGAGGUAGAUGAUUUUGAUGUCCUUCUAGCAAUAGACACUGUUGCAGUGGGAAAAUCUGAUUUACACUAUUUCGUUUAUGGAAGACCUAAUCCUAUUUUAUUUAAUAUAUACUCAAAGGAUAAAAAUGUUAUCAAGCCCAUGGUAAUUGGCUACGAGUCCUCCGGUGUGGUGGUAAAGCGGGGCCAGAAGGUGUCUGGCCUGAGCGUUGGCGACCGCGUGGCUAUCAAAGCGGGCUUCCCCUGCCACUACAGCGAUCGCUGCAAGGAGGGUAAGUUUUGCAAUUGCCCUGAAAAUGUCUUCUGCGCCUUCGCCCCCACCGAUGGCACCCUCACCCGCUAUUUCAAACACCCGGCGGACUACUGCUUGAAACUGCCUAAUCACGUCACCAUGGAAGAGGGCGCUCUGGUCAACCUGGUAGCAACGGCAGUGUCAUCCUGCAGCUUGGGAAGGCUCCAGCCGUGCUCAAAACUUGUCAUUUGUGGAGCACAACCCUUGGGCCUAGUCACGUUGAUGGUCGCCCAAGCCAUGGGGGUCUCUCAGAUCCUAGUGACAGACAUGAAGCAGCACCGCCUGGAAUUGGCCAAGGAGCUGGGCGCCACACACACUCUUCUGGAGAAGUCGGAACAGUCCGACACGGAAGUGGUGGAGCACGUCCGCGAAGCAUUUGGAGAUUUAGCAAGUGCUUAUAUCAGGACCAGUUACAUUGGACUGGAGACGUUAUUGACCUCAGAGGUUCUUGAGUCGGGUGGAGUUCUAGCCAUCUCGAACCCUGCAUCUAAUGCUAGAAUCAGCAGCGAAGACUAUGCCCAAGCCCUUUCCUUGGUAGCCUCAGGAAAACUGAAUCUGAAGCGUCUUAUGAGCCACCAUUUUGAUAUCGAGGAGGCUGUACAAGCUUUCGAAACAGCAAAGAUGGAUCUGGAGGACGUCUUAAAAGUGAUGAUCCACGUCAAGCCUAGAGCUAAAUAGAAAAUGACCUCUAACUUUGUUUCAAAAAUACUCAUCAAUGGGAUAAAUAUAUGUGUGUUCUAUGAAUUUGAUAAAUAAACAAAAGAGCUAUUUAUAUGUAA